CUUCUGGACCUAGAGUCCCAAUUUACUUAAAUUCAUUCAAUCUCCCCGUCUUCUCGGCCGCCGACUCCCGUCUCCUCGCCCGCCGCCUGAGCCGAUCUCCAUCGUGCGAGCAGCGUCGCCGGUGUCCCCUUGCUGCUUCCGCCGUUCUUCUGUAAAUCCAGCCUACCCUGAGAUUUGAUUUGAACAUGACGAGAAAACCAGAGGAAUCCUUGGAUUGCGCAGCUAAGAACAGACAAGGGAGAAGAUCAGGCCUCCAACUUAACGAUCUUCCCAUAGAUGUUUUGGGCUUGAUCAUAUCGCGGCUGCCAAUUGGAGAUGCUAUAAGGACUGGACUUAUAUCAAGGCAAUGGAAGGAUCUUUGGCGUGAUCAUACUAUGCUAACAUUCAGUCGCGCCACAUUUCCUAGUUGCAGAAUGCUUAACCAGCAAAAUUUCAUAAGGAGAGUUGAUUCAAUCCUGCAGCAACAUAGUGGUGUAGGCGUUGAGCGCAUGGAGAUCAAGUUCUUAUUGCGCAAUGCGCGGCGGGACAUAGAUAGAUGGGUGAAAUUUGCCGUCGCAUCCAAGACGAAAGAACUCAUUCUUGAUCUAUCAGAUCUUACUAGGUUCUUCAUGUUGCCAGUUAUGGUAUUUCACCCAUAUCUAGACAGAGAAGGAUUUUAUGAGUUUCCUUGUCAGCUUCUUGAUGCCAACAAUGGUGGAUCUCAUUUGCAGUGUCUGCAGCUUACCUCUAUGUAUCUGAAACCGGCUGCUGAUUUCACUGGAUUUCUGAACCUUAAAAGGCUUAACCUGAUAGGUGUAAAUAUCACAGAUGAAGGGGUUCAGAAUUUGCUGUGCAAUCCCAAUGUCCUGGAGUUCCUUGAGAUCUCCUUCUGCAGAAUGCUCACAAAGAUUCAUGCACCUCAUUUUCUGAACCGGCUGAAGCAUCUGCAAGUGGAUUGUUGCCCUGUACUUGAGAAGAUAGAGAUGAACUGUGAUCUGGCAACACUUGAUUUCACUGGUUCAUCAAUGACACCUUUGAUUUUUGCUACAACUUCCAGCCUGACAAAUGUGCGUUUAAAAACGAUGCCUUUUUGUACUGGUCUUGACUAUAUUGUCACAGGAUUCAUCAGUAAUUUGCCGGUUGUUCGAAUGCUCGAAUUUCAUGUUGUUGAAUAUAAGAAAGCUAUUUCUCCUCAGAGGCUUCCCAAAUUAAUUUAUCUUCGACAUUUGAAGUUGGAAACGAUUGUUUUUGGAUAUGGCAGGAAGACUGAUAUCCUUGACUAUGCAUAUCUUUUAGAAAUUGCUCCUUUUAUGGAAAAACUGGAACUACAUAUGUGGAUAGACGCUCCUCACAAACCAUACAGUGAAGAGGAUGGUGAUCUAAGAAGCCUUCCAUUACACCAUCACAAUAAUCUCAAACAGGUUCAGAUCACUGGAAUUUUCGGUCAGAAAGAUCAGGUAGAGCUGGCACUUCAUAUCCUUUGCAGCUCAACCGUGCUCAAGAACAUGGUGAUAAAUCCAGAAAUUGCAAUAGUGCCUCACGAUGCUUAUCGACCGCCAAAAAGAGGGGCACACAAUUUUGUGGAUGGUCGUGACGCCGCUAUGGAGUUUGUUUGCAAAGCUGACCAUCGAAACGUCGUCGAAGUUGUAUGAGCAUCAUAUAAGAUGGAGUCGAUUAAAAAAUAUAUAUAUGUAUUUAAAUUUUGAGUAAAUUUCACAGAACUACAUGUUUUAUAGUUCAAGUUGCAGAAAACCACAAACAUUUUGACACUUGGCACUUAAGUAUAUAUAUUUUGGUAGUUUAGUUUCACAAAACCACACUAUCGAUGAAUGGAUUCAUCCAUGAGACGACGUGGUCGUUCCAUCUAGGAUGAGGACGUGGCAUCCUAUUAAUUUCGUGCGAUGGCUGGUAAUAGGAUGGCAUGUCCUUGUCCUAGAUGAAACAGUCACGUCAUCUCGUGGGUGAAUCUAUUCAUUGAUAGUGUGGUUUUGUGAAACUACACUACCAAAAUAUAUGUACUUAAGUGCCAAGUGUCGAAGUGUGUGUGGUUUUCUGCAACUUGGACUACAAAACGUGUAGUUUUGUGAAAUUUACUCUUAAAUUUUUGGUGAAAAGAAAAGGUUUGUUCUCUUUGAAACAAAAAGGUUUAAUUCUGCAUGAAAUAGGGAAAAAAUGUGUGUUCUCUUGAAUUGGACAUGGCCAUUGUCUAAACAGAUACUUGGAGAUUGACAGGUGAUGUCACAUGUUCGCCUUGGGUGUAUCAGUUGGACCAGAGACAUGGAGGAUUAGGGCCUCAAUUUUUUUUCAUAUUUUAAUCAAUUCUAAUGUGUAUCUUAAUAAGUUCUAAUGCAUUCCAACAUGUUUAAAAACCUCUCAUUCUAUUUUAAAUGAGUUUUGCACUUUUGCUCUUCCCCCUUUACC